GAGGCGCUGGCGCCUCGCGCGGCGGAGCGGGGAUCGGCGCGCGUCUCGCACGGGGGGGCGGCCGCGAAGACUGCGAAGCCGCCCGAUCUGUCCUUCGAACGACCCCGAACCAGUGGGAGCACGACGGCGACCGGGGAGAUGUCGCCGGUGGCGACGGCCGUGCCCUGCUAGAGCGAGGAGGAUGAGCGGCGGCCGCUUCGACUUCGACGAUGGCGGCACCUACUGCGGCGGCUGGGAGGACGGCAAGGCGCACGGUCACGGCGUCUGCACGGGCCCCAAGGGCCAGGGCGAGUACUGCGGCUCAUGGCACUACGGCUUCGAGGUGUCCGGCGUCUACACGUGGCCCUCAGGCAGUGGCUACGAGGGUCAGUGGCAAAACGGCAAGCGCCACGGCUUGGGCGUCGAAACGCGCGGCCGCUGGCGCUACCGCGGCGAGUGGACGCAGGGCUUCAAGGGCCGCUACGGCGUGCGCCAGUCGCUCAUCUCCGGCGCCAAGUACGAGGGCACCUGGGCCAACGGCCUCCAGGACGGCUACGGGUCCGAGACGUACGCCGACGGAGGCACCUACCAGGGCCAGUGGCUGCGCGGCACGCGGCAUGGCUACGGCGUCCGGUCGAGCGCCCCCUUCGGACUGGCGGCGCACAACCGGAAUCCUGGCUCCGGUGGCAAAGUCGAGGUUCGCACCUCGCAGACGUCGCUGGACAGCAGCAGCCACCCCGUGGACCCGGCCUCCGAGAGGGACCGCAAGAUCGACGACUGUCGCGGCGGCUUCGUGCUCAAGGCGCGAAGCGACGAGCCUCCGCAGCGUCGUCGCUCUCUGGUCGAGAAGUCGUCCAACUUCAAAAAGUCCAUCCUCCAGGGCCUCCGAAUCAAGAAGCAGCACAGCACAGGCGACAUCGAUAAGCGGGGUGUGAGCUCGGGCUCGUCGCUGCGUUCGUCGGGCUCGAAUAUGAGCUCGGCCAGCUCUGAGUCGGCCCAGUCUGGGCUCACAGAAGCGCACACCGAUUCAAACGCCUCCUUCGUGUCACAAGAGGACAUGACAGACCAGAACGUCAUGGAGACGUACAUGGGCGAGUGGAAGAACGACCGGCGCUCGGGCUACGGCAUCGCCGAGCGCUCGGAUGGCCUCAAGUACGAGGGCGAGUGGUACAACAACAAGAAGUAUGGCUAUGGUGUCACCACCUUCAAGGAUGGCGCCCGUGAAGAGGGAAAGUACAAGAACAACCUGCUAGUCACGUCGGGCAAGAAGAAGCACCUAUUCCUGCUGCGCUCGGCCAAGUUCCGCGAGCGAGUCGAGGCCGCCGUCGCAGCCGCCCUGCGGGCCUCGCAGAUCGCGCUGCAGAAAGCCGAUAUCGCCAUCUCGAGGACGGCAACGGCAAGGGGCAAGGCUGAGCAGGCAGAUGUUGCAGCCCUGCAUGCCAAGGACGAUGCAGAGAUGGCACGCAGCGUUUCCAAGCAGUUCGCUCCGGAGCUUUACACACCAGUGGACCUGCUGAAGAAGUUAGCAGAGGUUCCAGAUUUGGCCAAGCUUCGCGUAGGUGCUGGCGGCGCGACGCCGCAGCGCAGGCGCUCGUUGUUCCAGCCGACACGCGCCCAAGAACUGACGGCGCCGCAGCUGGACGCGGCUCAGCAACAGCUCCUCAACGCUCUUACCAAAGCUCACCAGCAGCAGAGUAAUAAACCUGCCGGGUCGCGCCAAGGCACUCCGCCCGUGGCCAACGCCAAGCCGGCGCCGCCGCUGCAGCCGCCGCCACAGGCGCCUGUGCAGCACGCGCAGCCCGUGUCGCUGCCGCAGCAGUUGCCGCAGCGCGUCGAAGACACCAUGCCUCAGGUGCCCGGCGCGCCGGAGCCACCGCCGCGCACGCCACACGGCUCGCUGCAUGGCCGGCAGACGCAACGCGACGGCUACUCUUUCCAGCAGGCGAUGAACGACCACUUCGAACAAUACCGGCGCGAGCGGCCACCAUCACGCACGCCGCCGCACCAAAAAGCUGACCAGCAGCUGCCACCGCUGACGGCCAUCUACGGCGGCGCCGACUGUACGCCGGACUCUGGCGUCUCCGAGUCCAUGGACGGCGACUCGUCACCGACGCGAGUGCCAGGCGGUGGAGGUGGCCGGCGCUCGACGUUGCCCAACAUGCCACCGGACGAGGGCAGUCACCACCGGGCUGCUAGCCUAUACGUGGCGGCUCCUCGGCGUCGGCUGGCCGCACCGGCACCCGCUGAGGCACUAACGCGCAAGAAGAGUCUUCCCAACAUCGCCGACGCCGCGGCUGCCGCACCACCCUUCAUGUCGCGCGAGGAGGUGUCCGUCCUCAGCUCCCAGCGCAGGGAUGAGCUGCGCAGGAUGCAGGAGCAGGCGCACAGGCUGCGCACCAACCCGCUGCUCUACCUCUUCAAUUCUGACGUUAAGGAUUGGUUCUCGAGGCAGCAGCUGGUGAUGCUCGUGCUGUUUAUAAACAUCAGCCUGGCCAUCAUGUUUUUCAAGCUGCUGACGUAGCCGUUCCCUUUGGGAGCAGCUGGACUCGGACCCCGUGUGUGUCUCCGGCGCGCCGGUCGCGUGGCCCGUGUGUCGGCGGCGCCCGUCAGUCCCCCUGCCCCGGACUCCUGCUCUGUGAUCUGCACCGGGUGCAUGGACUUCGCCUUGUUAGCCACGGCACGGGCCUGCGGUGGCCGGCGGUGGUUGUUCGUGUUACUGGCUGGUUGACGACGACUGACGACAACACAUACUCUUUCCCUCUCUGGAGCGUACCUCACUGUCAUGCACUUGUCAGCUUUCUGCUCAAUUCUCUCGUGUUCCACCAGCGGCGUUCACGGCAGCGAGAGCACCGGUUCGUAUACGCGCAGCCUCGAGCGAGGCACAGCCCCCGGUUGUGCCACACCAACUGCCCGCUCAACCCGAGGCCGCAGAAUUCGGAUCGUCGAGGCGCUUCUUGAGGGCGAGGAGGUGCGAGAGAGAGAGAAAUGUUUCCCUAAUCCAUCGGCCGAGCCGUCAGGUUGUAUAGAAGCGCAUAAAGCAGCUUGUUGCCACGUUCUUUCCAGAUUCGCCUCGUAGCUCCAUGCAUGGUGCUCGCCCUCGUUCGCUUUGUCUCAGGUGGCCGCCAUUUGCAGCACACGGUAACGUGCCCUGGAUACAUGCCCUAUAACGCCGGAGCAGUUUACAGUUCCCACUACGCACUACGUAACAAGCGUCUGCUGCGUCCUGUUUUUUUUUUUUUUUUGUCUUGGCACUGUCAUUCUUCGAGUUCUCACUUAGACGGUGUGAUUGGCGAAGGAAUGUGCAGCAGCUGCGAAAUCAAAAGAGAAAUUCAGGCCUAGAGCGGCGCAAACUCUCUGCCAGCUCUCACCGAACCCUUUCUUCUCCCCAUAACGUGCAUAGUUCGCUGUUCAGCAUUUUAAUGCAUGGUGUACGAAUACUUCAUGCACAAUCGCACCAUCAUCUGUAACCUGCAGCAGGAACCAGUCUCAUAUUUUUACGAAAUAUCUAAUAGCAAGCAGAUACCACGUCAUGCUUAAAAAACAGUUAUUCGCUUGCAAAUAAUGCCAAGCCUUCGACUAAGCGUAUUGUCGAUGAAUAAUGCAUUUGGUGUUUCAUACUACUAGGCCGCACCGCGCCAGCGGCGAGGCAUACGUCUCAUCGUCAUGUCUCAGAGUCCUACUACACAACUGGACGUGAAUCAUCCAUUUUUUCUUCGUACAUACACACACCUUGUCUGCGCGAAGAAACCGGCUAGUGGAUUCUGUUCGUGCUGUGCACUAUAUUUAUCUUAGAGUACAUCUUUCAGGUGAUCACGUGUCAAGCGAGUGAAUGAGAAGCGUACCUCUUGAAAAUCACGAGCAUACGAACACGAGGUGAUGUUUUGCCCCGGGUGAUACGCAUUUUUAAAACGUGCAAACACAAGUGCACGCAAAACGUAGACCUAGCGUUGAUAUAUGUAUAUAAUAUAAAUAUACAUAUAUAUAUAUAGAUAUAUCAAACAACAAUCUGUGGUCGUUCUUAGUUGUGCUGUGUGCCCCUUCUACGGGCCUCCUCUUCAUCCGUUUUUUCCCUGUUUCUUUAAGGUUAGACUUUUGCAUGUUAUAGCUCAAUAAAGCGCAUUCACAAAGUUUGUGAUGGUUUCAGACAGGCACACUAGUGCCCUACUUCAGUGUUAGCCGUAGCGCAUCGCUAGGAUGCACAGCAUGGUGGGCCGUGUUUCGCACAACCGAACAACUUUGGUUCGGAAGCACACCUACAUGUCUACGCGCUUCCAAUUAGGUGCUCGUUUUCUCUAUAGAAGCACGCUCACGAGUCACUUUCUUGCGGUGCGGCGUUGUACAAUAAAAAGCUGCCGUUUAUUCUUGUGUGUUGCCAGGUUUCACUUUAGACAAGCAAUUGCGUUGUUCGUUAACAACACGUCGUUGACGUUUCAAGGCAGCUGGAUCACGGCUAAGAUUGGGCCUCGGGGAUUGGCGAGCUUGAAAGGGGAGCAGCAGUUCUAUAGUAGCCUUUCCGGCAUGUUCACGAUCACCAGGGACUAGAAGUAUCUGUUACAUAUGUCGGUAAGCAGGACAUUGGUGUUAAGAAAGGCAGUUAUAUAAGGUUGAAGAGCAGUGCAUACAAUAUUGAUGUGUGUGUUUUUAUCGCCGUGAUGGGACGCGAUAAUCUAGGGCGCUGGACUCUUCUGUUAAGGAUGUGCCAGCGCCGUGUGGCCACAUAUCCGUUGGCACGGCCGACACGUUCGAGUCACUUGUUGAAAAGCAAUCAGGAAGACGGGACGUAGUAGGGGAGGGGCACUUCACACGGUUGCAGAGCCUGCCACAAGCCAUCGUUCGCAUGUCACGCCCAGCCAAAAAUAGAUCUGUUCAAAAGAUGUAUUUUUGGUGCCCUCUGGUUGCUGUCGUUUUUUUUUUUUUUCAAAAUCAUAUUUUUCUCCGGCCUGCACUGUUGCCGGCCUUUCAUAUGCGCACACCGAUAGAGCACGAUGUCCGCCAGUCUUCGAUCCGGGAACCUCGACAACGCUACAGUGCUACGUGGCGGCCUGUGCAAAGCAGCUUUCACGACAGCAUGUGCUGAAGCACCAUUAGUGCCUCGAUUUCUAGUGGUAGCGAUACUGUAGCGUUAGUUCGACUUCGGAUUGACCUAUUUUUGCGCCCAUAUUUCAGUCGCCUGUCAGUCUUCUUUGUGAAAAAAGCGCGAUUAUAGUCGACUGUUCAUAGAUAUUUUAGAAACUUCAUUUUCGGUGUUUGGAAACAAUGAUCGAGGCUCUUUAUGACGUUCAUCUCUUUCCAAUUACUUUGGGAAUCAAUGUUUUCCACUGCCGUGAAUUGAUAGGUCACAUGUCACGAUUUGUUUGUAAACUUCGACUUUUUGUAUCUUUUUCAUGUGGGUUGACAAAAUUGAACUGUUCUUGUUAAACUAUGUUUUUUUUUUCGUUCCCGCCGUUUACUCGUGGUGUACUUUACAACCUGCCGGAAGUUGUGUGUUGUGAAAAGGUAGGAAGUAUGCCGUAGAGAUUUGUUGUGUAGUGAAGAAAAACGUGGUUUCAUCUUUCCGCGUAGGUUCCCAGUAGGCACAGUGGGAACGUUGUCUAGUCGCGCUUCGACUUUUCGGGGAUCCCACCGUUAAACGAGCACACGAACUUGUGCCUGUCGUCUAGUCAUUUGGCGCUUGCGGCCGCACCAUAGUCGUUGGAGAUUAUUUACGCUGCUUGCGCACACGAAAAGUGACUGAGAAAACCGAUAAAGUAACACUAGAUUCUUGAGGCGUCAAAAACAGUGGCAAAAAGCUUUUGCGAGGUGUUUGGAACACUGUGUUUAUCGGAGUUCAAGUUGAAAUAUACGUGGACAUUUGCAAUCGCCUUUCAGGAUUUGGUUGUAAGAUAGCUAGGCCCACAUGCGUACAUACAAUACCUGUUAACCUGUUAUCACGAAUACAUCUGACGAUUAUUAGGAAAGCCAUUUGUCAGUUAUAGUUUACGUGCAACGCCGAUGUAGCAGUAUCAAUUACGAUUAUUUUACGGGAUUUAUUGUGUACUGAACAUUGCUGAUAAACCUACUUGCGGAUGCACGACGAAAACUUUUUUGCUCUAACUCCAAAUCCUACGUCUUUAGAUGCAAUACUUGUUGGUAUUGAAUGCUGACCUAAAAAAGGACAGCGCAAAUUACAAAAAAGAAACUAAUGCGUAGAGAAUUUACGUGGCAUGCGAAGCUGUGAGAAUCUGCCUCGAACACGACACUGUUCUAUUUAAAAACACCUUAAAGUGCAAAAUUAUUAUCGCGAAUGAUUUGUACAGAUAUGAUGUUACACAGGAAACGUUAACACGAAUCGUUUGUAGAAAUGUACAGGUUCUCAGCUUAGAAGCUGUGCCAGGUGAGUGGCUCUGAGCGUUAAACUUUUGCGUGCCCACCGUGAAACGAAGCAGUCAUUCUUGUUGCCCAAGCUGUUUUUUUAUUCCUUAAGAUAUUAUGUUAGGAUGACAUUUUAAAAUGUUAUGACCAUGUCUUUGGUUGUUUACGCAGAACUGCCUUCUUUAAUUUUUUUCUCUGUUUUUUAUUAUGUAGAAAGUAUUUAUAAGGUUGUUGACGGACUUUCGACACCGGAGCGUGUAUGCCAGAAUUUAAAUGAGCCAGAGAUAAAUUCGCGGCGUGACACUUUUUUGCGGCAUAGCGACAGGCUUGACCAACCGCCUUCUAUGGGGCCCUCACGCCGUUAGUUUUCCCGAUGUCACCACAGAUAUAUUACGCGCAUGUAUUUUUCUGCAGGCGAUUGCAUCCCCACCACUUGCUCUGUUAGGGUACUGUGAAUGGCGCGACCUAACGGCAACGCGUGUCCUUUUUUUUUUUUUGCCUGGCCCCACUCCACGCAGCUGUCUAUUACCGUCCCGCGCUUUUCCUUUCUGCGCCGAAUUCCUUUUGCACUGUAAAUGGCAUGAACUCCGCCGACCAUCUGCACCGCAGUUUAGCUACGCUUAUUAAGACUGUCUCUUUUCACGAAUACGUUUUACCUUGUUGCCAAUAUCGCUUAGCUUCCUACACUAGCUGCAUCACUGGCUACGCGAGCUCAGACAACAGCUACGUUUUGGACAGCCUAAUUUUGUGCGCACGCACAAGCAUUUCCUCCUAUUUUUAGUCUUCCUCGUGCUCCUUUUUUUUGGGGGGGGGGGGGCGGUGACGGGAAGUUUCCUAAGAUGUGGUUCCACCACGCUGUGGUCGUAACAUGAUGCGUCUCACUUCUACGUUGGCAGCAGCCCCUUUUGCGUGAUUGAUAAGCCCGUUGUUCCAGGCUGUACAGACCCGAGCCCUGUGACGUGUAGACUUCGCUGAGUGUCGUAAGAGACGCGAAGGAGCUUCCCUUCGAUCGCAGCACCUUUCGCGGGAGCACGAGUUCGUCUCUGGAAUAACGGGAUCAUGGCAAUUGUGUUGUCUUAUGUAUUCCUCAAAUUUUACUAUGCUCUUUUUGAAGGCCGAGCACAACAAAGAAAAAAAAAAGAGCUCUCGUUUCGCACUGCACAAAUUAUUUGAAUUUCCUAGUCUUUCUUAUUUCCCUGUUUUUAAAAGACAGAUAUUUAUCAAAGUUGAACUUCUUCCCUUUACUUACGAUGCUGUGUUCUGACAUUUUGUGAGCAGCAGUUGUGCCUAUGCCUCUUGCAGUUAUUCUUUGUUGCCGUUCGUGACCACCCGUUCUCUGCCUUCAAGACACAGCGAUGUGACGUGAACACAUUCUGAAAUAAAAUCUUUUAUAGUGACACUA